CGUCUAUGUCUGUCUGUCUCGUCUCGUCUCGUCCCGAUCCCGACUCUUUGUCAUUCCGUCCGCUCUCCAUCCUCGUUUCACCCCCGUUCGUCUAGACACAUCCCUCUCACCGUCCCUCCGGUUGUGACACCACCCACCAUCCAGUUCAUGCGCCUGCCCACGUUUCCGGCGGCAGGCACCACCUCGGGGCCAUUGCGCUGCCAGUGACAAUGGACGAUCAUCCCCUCGACGAGCCGCCCUUUCUCUCCCCGGGCUCGCUCUCCGUCUUCGACGAGUACUCGUCCAACCCGCGCUUCAUCGAGCUGCAAGAAGAGCUGCGAUGCGUCCUCUUCGCCGGCGUGUCGAGCCACGACCCCAGCAAGAGCGCCACUCCCGAGCUGCCGGAAAGCGGCGCCGACGGCGGCCUCGAUCAUCGGCGACCCAGCCAGGCCUUUGACUUUUCGCGCGUCUCCAUCCCCAAGGCCCGUCUAAUCAGCUACUUCAAGAACUGGAUCGUCGAGUGCUCGCCAUAUCUCGACAAGUUCGAUGACGACCGCCACUUCGGCAUCCACGUGCCGUUGCUCGCGCAGACGUCGCCGCCCCUCUUCCACGCCAUGUUGGCCUUUUCGGCGCGCCAGAUGGACCUCCGCAAGGCCAGCCCCGACGCCGGCUACGACAGUCUGGAGCUGUACCAAGAGUCGAUUCGCUUGCUCGCGCCGGGUCUGCAGGCCAAGGACCCCAAUAUGCUCGUCACCGCCUGCAUCCUCGCCGUGCUCGAGCUCAUGUCCGGCAGUCCCAAGAACUGGCGGCGACACAUCGAGGGCUGCGCCUCGCUGUUUGAGUUCUUUGCCGUGACCGGCUUCUCCGGUGGUCUGUUGCAGGCCGUGUUUUGGUGCUAUGCCCGCAUGGAGCUGUGCGGUGCCAUUAUCUCGGGAGGCGCCUCGAGCACCGUCUUGCCCCUCGACAAGUGGAUUCCGCCACUGCCCGAAGGCGUCACAUCCAACGACGCCGCCGACGACUUCUCCAAAGGCAUCUUCUAUCAGAGCGGCCGUGACACGCCGGGGAUGCACGCCAACUGGGCCGUGUAUCUCUGUGCGAAAGCUUGUGACCUCAUGUGCCGCCGCACGCGCCACCUCGAGCUCCAGGAACCCGACGAUCGCGACACGCGCCCCUUUAUCGACCAGUGGACCCGGCUCUGGGACGACUUGCAGUUUUGGCUCAAGGUGCGCCCCGAGGCCAUGUUGCCUCUGGCCGUGGGAGACCCUGGCGACGACCUGCAGGUGUUCCCCACGAUCCUCUUUACGCACUGGGCGGCCAUCUCGGCCAACCAGCUAUACCACGCGGCAUGCAUCAUCAUGCUCGAGAUGCGCCCCGCCGAGGCGUCGCUGCCCUCGCCGCAGAGCUCCGCGCUGUGGCAUGCGCGCCGCGUGUGCGGCAUCUCGUGGACGAACCCACACCGUGGGAACCUCAUCAACGCCAUCCAGCCGCUCUACCUCGCGGGCAGGCUGCUGACCCAUCCGAGCGAGCACCUCGAGGUGGCUAGACUCUUUAAGAUCAUCGACCGCACGACGGGCUGGGGAGCGCUGUGGCGGCUCAGAGAUCUCGAAGCAGAGUGGGGAUACGCCCCGGGAGAAAUACUGGCUGCCAUUUGA